UCGCGUGUGCACCACCAAUUUUCCAAAUUAGUAUGAGUAAUUUGCCCGUUUGUCGUUCAUCAUUUUCAUAUCGAAUGUGAAUGAAAUCCAAUGUUUUUUUUUAUUUCGGUGUAAAAUGAAACAAAAACAUCACAUUUUCAAAUAUGUAUACAUUGGAAUUGUAUAAUCAAAAUUCAAGAGAGAGAAAGAGAGCGAGCGCUACGACGACGACGACGACGACGACCGAAUAGAAAAAAAGAAGAAUUCACUCUCUCAAUUGUCCUCUCUGUCGCACAGCACACAGAUCAAAAUCGACAUUCGAACGCGGUGCCCGCUAUAUGCUUGCUUGCUUGCCCGAGAGUAAGUCGCUCACUUGAAAAUCAUUGUGUAUUGUAAUGAAAUAUAAGUAGACUCUCCAUUUUUGGUGUUAAAAAAAACACACACACACACAUACAACGAGAGAAAAAGUCAACAAAAAAUCUGCAAAAUAAUCAUUUUUUGCCAGUAAAUUUUUAAAUGCCAUCAAUUUAUUGUUGUUGUUGUUAUUGUCUGCGAUAUUUACAGGCAUUUUUAUGAAGAGAAAUUCUUUCCACACAUAAUGUGAUUAACGAGACAGAAAAUCGAUGAAGAGAAAGAAAAAAAAGAUCAAGAGAACAUUGUGUCGGAGUGAAAAAAAACCAAAACAGCAAUGAAAAACAUGAUUAUUAUUUUUCCGAAGUCACAAAUGUGAAAUUGAAAUGGAAAUGAAAAUUGAAUUGGAGAAAAAACACGCAUUGAAUAAUGAAUCGAUUUCGAUGCCAAAUAAUUUGCCAUUCAAUAUUACGUUUCGUUUUGAUUCUUUUUUUCUCAUUUGCUUCGUCGUUAAAAUGUUUUUUUUACCUUCAACUAUAAUGGGAAUGUUUGGAUUUUCGGCUUCCAUGGUUUCUGAUUAUGUCGUAUCGCAAUGAGAGAUAAACCGAAAAGAAUUAAACACGUGAAGUGGAAUCAAAAAUGCAUUUUGGCUGUCAAAAAUUCUCUCAAAGUUCAUCGCCAUACGCGGUGAUUAAUUUGAGUGGUGAGAAAUCGAAGUGGUGAAAAUAACUAAAAAAUCUGAUAUUUCAAUAAAUUUUAAAUUCAAAAUUCUGAUAUCUUCCUAGUAGUUCUAUUGCGUAAUAAAAAAGAAAACAAAAUAUAAAAACGUAUAUUCAGAGAAGGAAAACAGCCUUAGAAUCGCCCAUCAAUUUUUUUGUGUGCAAAGUACCAAAAUUUGAAAUGAACAUAAUAACACCGAUAAAGCAGCACAAAUAUGGUAAACAGUACAAUCUGCAGCGCUUUGAUGAUUGGCUCACGUUGUGAAAUGUCAAAUCAGAUGUUCCCGCGCUCAAACUUCUGUGAUUUAGUUCAAGCAUGCGACAUUCAUACUCACACAAAGCGCAUUUCAAAUUAUUGUUAUGACACCGAAUCGUAUUUGUUUACUGUUUUUUCGAAGUGUUUUAACCGAUUAAGAUAUAAGCAAUAGAACUCAAGCAUUACUUAGUAAAUAGAAAUAGUUAGCGGGUCCAGAGAUAAAAAGAAUAUUUGGCUGAAAUCACGAUGGCUACGUCGCCACAACAAUCAUCACCGCUUGUGACAAAAGGUCUCGAUAUUUAUUUGGAGAAUAAAAAGAAGCGAAACUACCUCAAAUGGGGGACCAUUAAUGCGGUGGUGUUGUCGGUGAUGAUGUAUGACAUCAAGAACAAAUGUCCGUUUGCAUACUCGAAUUGGUAUUACAUUGAAUAUGCGGCUGCCGGCUUAUUAGCAUUCAGCGUACUGUACUAUUUCAUCAAAUACAUUUUCCUAUGGCUCACAUUUGAACCAAUCAAAGGCACCCAAGCACAACAAAAAUUGCUACAUUUCGAUGAUGGAGACUCAUCAUUUAUCGUUCAGCAGCAAGAAAAAGUCGAUUCACAAGCUCCAAUAUCCAGCCCAUUGGACACAUCCUCUAUCAUAAGUUGGCAUUCGUCAUUCAAUGAAGGUAACCGUUCACCAACAAAUUCAAUGUGGGGUUUCAACCGUUCGCCAGUGCAUCAACAGAGUUUUAACAACAGCCCGAAUCCAAAUUACUCAUGGAAUCGAGUGCAGAACAAUAUGCAAAAUUCAUUUGGUAACAACCCGAGUCCCAAUCAUUCGAACAACAACUCAUUCAAUUCACCAUACAAAACUUAUACAAAGGAUGAAAUCAUCACCGAUGAGCAUGGGUUGCAAAAGUACUUGAGAGAAGUGGCAAAGGAAGAAACAACGGGAAAUGUAAAUUUCUCAAAUCUUCGAGAGACUGUAGAUCGUAAUUCAACCAACACUCUAUGGAAUUAUUGGAAUAAUGCGGCAAAUCUGUUAAAAACCUCCAUCUAUCAAUUGUCACCAACGACGAUCACGCCGAACAAGCAAUCAACUGGCAAAGAAUUGGCUGGAAGCGUUGGUCCGGGCUGUGUUGAUUUAGGUGCACCUCUUUCCGACCUCUUCAAAACCAUUUCAUCGGCCAAACUGACGAAAUAUGUGACAAAUCUCCGGAUGUGGUUGUCAGCGACCAUUUUACAACGCUUGGUGAAUGAAUUUGAUAAAAUUGACGGUGAAUUUGCGAUUCGAGGUUUCUCUGACAUCAAAAUUGGAAGUGUUGGUUUGGAACGAUUGAAGAAAACUGCCGAAAAUCACAUGGUAUCCUCAUAUGUGCCAACUUUGUCGAUGGUGUUGCCGUUUUUGGAAAUGUCCACCAAUCAAGAGUAUUUAGUGCAACGUAUUCGCGAAUUGGCCAGAGGUAGCGGAAUAAAUGAUUAUCGAUGGAAUUCAUCGAAUUCAUACGAUUUGAAUUGGGAUGAACACGUGACAACUGACGCUGCUAUUAUAUUCCAUUUAUUCUGUUCCUACAUGGAUAGUCAAUUGAACCCGUUGCCAGCACCAGGUGGUCGGCCAUUUUUCAACAGAUACGUUGUACUCGGUGAAAAGAAAUCGCUCAAGGAAACAAUUGAAGAGGUGAAGUCCAAGUCAAAAUGUGCCAUUUCAUAUACGAAUCCAACGAAGCCAAAAUUCAACUUCAUUAGCGACGACAAAGUCCAUCACUGCAAUCAUGAUCGAAACAAUCUGUUCUGUGUCAUCAUUCAAUUUCUCAUUUACAUGAAGGAACGGAACGCGGGUCUACUGGACGGAGUCAAUUUAGGCCGAAGUGGAUUGAAUAUUUUAGGAGUAAUCGAAGAUUAGUUAAGAAAUUUCACUCAAGCAUCAUCAUUCACCAAGAUAUGAAGAAAAAAAAACAUAACGAAAGGCUGACUCUCUCAAUCAUAAUAACAACAACUCAUUUCAUAAGAAUAAAAUUCAAGCAGACAGAAAAGAAAUAAACAUGUUCCUUUCAAACAAAUAAAAA